CACCAAAUGAGAACUAACAACUAUAUGAACAGAACAACUGAGAAAGGAUAGAGAGCCAAAAAAGAAAAAGAAAAAGAAAAGUAUUUGGAUCCAGAUCUUCUGCUAAUAAUUUUUCUGUUAAAAAAGAAUCACUCUGUCUCUAUAAACAAAACCAUGGCAGCCCUUCCCUUCAACAAUCCCAACACACCAUUACUUUACUCUUCUUCUUCUUCUUCUUCUUCUUCCUCCUCCUGCCCUUUCUGCUUCUUCCCACCGAUGCCUCCAUCUACAAGAAACCUCUUCCUCUCCAUAACUCUUCUCAUCCUAUUCCAAACUACCCACUCCAUUGACACACAAGGCCAAGCUCUCUUAACAUGGAAGAACUCUCUUCUCAACUCCUCCGCUUCCUCCACCGCCUCAGCGGCCGCUUUGAGCUCAUGGGACCCUUCUCACCCAAAUCCUUGCAAUUGGUUUGGAAUUCGAUGCAAUCCCAGUCACAGUGUGGUAGAAAUCACUCUCAGAAGCAUUGAUUUACAAGGUCCAUUGCCAUGGAACUUGCAGUCCUUACCAGACUUGAGAUCACUAGUCCUUUCAUCCACCAACCUCACCGGCUCAAUCCCCAAGGAGUUCGGAGACUACAAGGAGCUAACUCUGAUCGACCUCAGCGACAAUUCCCUCUCCGGCGAAAUCCCCGUCGAGAUUUGUCGGUUGACUAAAUUACAGACUCUGGCGGUCAACACCAAUUUCUUGGAAGGUGGGAUUCCUAAUGAGAUUGGAAAUUUGAGUAGCUUGGUCUCCCUGACCAUCUACGAUAACCAGCUGAGUGGUGAGAUUCCGGCGAGUGUUGGGCAAUUGAGCAAGCUUCAGAUUUUCAGAGCCGGCGGGAAUAAGAAUUUGAAAGGGGAGAUUCCAGCAGAAAUUGGGAACUGCUCUGAUCUGGUCAUGCUAGGUCUUGCCGAGACGAGCAUUUCCGGGGGAGUUCCUUCUUCCGUUGGGAAGCUGAAAAAGCUUCAAACUUUAGCCGUUUACACUUGUUUACUUUCAGGUCCAAUCCCUUCUGAAAUUGGGAACUGCAGCGACCUUGAAAAUCUGUAUCUUUACCAGAAUUCAAUAUCUGGGUCCAUCCCUCGGCGAAUUGGGGAGCUCCAGAAGCUCCAGAGCUUGCUGCUAUGGCAGAAUAGUUUGGUGGGCUCGAUACCAGAUGAGCUCGGGAGCUGUACGGAGCUCACGGUGGUGGACUUGUCGGAGAAUCUUCUCACCGGAGCUGUACCCAGAAGUUUCGGGAAGCUUUCCAAUCUUAAGGAGCUCCAAUUGAGUGUUAAUCAGUUGUCUGGUACGAUCCCAGCCGAAAUCUGCGAAUGCAAAGCUUUGACCCAUCUUGAAGUGGAUAACAAUAAAAUUACCGGUGAGAUCCCGGCGGCGAUCGGUAACUUGGGGAGCUUGACUCUGUUUUUCGCCUGGCAGAAUAAUCUGACAGGGACGGUUCCAGAGUCAAUUUCCGAGUGUGGGAAUCUCCAGGCACUUGAUCUUUCGUACAAUAGUCUUUUCGGGUCGAUUCCCAACCGGAUUUUUGGGCUUCGGAAUCUGACCAAGCUUCUCCUUCUUGGGAAUGAGUUCUCCGGCUUUAUUGCGCCGGAUAUCGGGAAUUGUUCCAGCCUGUACCGGCUGAGGCUGAAUGGGAACAGAUUGGGCGGAACUAUUCCUUCGGAGAUUGGAAACUUGAAGAGCUUGAAUUUCCUCGACCUUAGCGGGAACCGUCUCGUCGGAGCAAUACCGCCGGCAAUCUCCGGGUGUGAAAGUCUCGAAUUUCUCGACAUCCAUUCCAAUGGGAUCACCGGCCCUGUUCCGGAGACUCUUCCCAAAAGCUUGCAAUUCGUCGACUUCUCCGAAAAUCGGCUUACCGGGGUUUUGCCUCGCGGAAUCGGGGAGUUGACGGAGUUGACGAAGCUCAAUCUGGGGAAGAAUCAGAUCUCCGGGAAGAUCCCGCCGGCGAUUCUUUCCUGCAGCAAGCUACAGCUGCUGCACCUCGGUGACAACAUGCUCACAGGCGAAAUCCCCAAGGAAAUCGGCCAAAUCCCCGCGCUGGAAAUCUCGCUCAACCUCAGCUGCAACCAAUUCUCCGGUGAGAUCCCGUCGGAGUUCUCGGGACUGGACAAGCUAGCAAUCCUCGACCUCUCCCACAACACUCUGAGAGGAAACCUCAAAGUUUUAGCAGAGUUUCAAAAUCUCGUUUCCCUGAACAUCUCGUUCAAUGAAUUUUCCGGCGAACUCCCAAACACCCCGUUCUUCCGGAAGCUCCCUGUUAACGAUUUGGCUUCAAACAAAGGACUAUACAUCGCCGGCAGCGGAUUGGCAGCCCCGGCUGAAGACCAUCGCCGUGGUUCGGCGAUGAAGCUGCUGACGUCUGUUCUUCUCAGUGCAAGCGCCGUCCUCAUUCUUCUCGCAGUUUACGCUAUAGUCCGGGGCCGGAUGAAUUCUUCCAGCGAUGAGAUGAUGAAGGAAGGAGACGGUGCUUGGGAAAUGACUCUGUACCAGAAGGCGGAAUUCUCAAUCGAGGACGUAGUCAAGAAUCUGCACUCUGCGAACGUGAUCGGAAACGGGAGUUCAGGGGUCGUAUACAGAGUGAUUACUCCGAAAGGGGAAACCAUGGCGGUAAAGAAGAUGUGGUCGGGCGACGAAUCGGGAGCUUUCAGCUCCGAAAUAAAGACGCUGGGUUCGAUUCGGCAUAGAAACAUCGUUCGAUUGCUGGGUUUUGGAUCGAAUCGAAAUCUGAAGCUGUUGUUCUACGAUUACCUUCCGAAUGGGAGCUUGAGUUCACUCCUGCAUGGCGCCGGGGGAGCUACAGCCAAAUUCGUCGGGAUGGAGUGGGAGAUGAGGUACGAUGUGGUGGUCGGUGUUGCUCAGGCGCUUGCUUACUUGCACCAUGACUGUGUCCCGGCGAUACUCCAUGGAGAUGUCAAGGCGAUGAAUGUUUUGCUGGGUAACGACUAUGAAGCUUACUUGGCCGAUUUCGGGCUAGCCAGGGUUCUGGCCGAGGGAGGGGAAGAUGCCGGUGUUUGCUCCAAGUCAAAGUCUAGUCCGAGGCCGGUUCUCGCCGGUUCAUAUGGAUAUAUGGCUCCAGAGCAUGCAACGACACGAAAGAUCACGGAGAAAAGCGACGUGUACAGUUUUGGAGUGGUAGUUCUAGAGGUGCUAACGGGUAGACACCCAUUGGACCCAACAUUGCCCGGAGGUGCACAUCUAGUGGAAUGGGCAAAGGAGCACCUAGUGAACAAGAAGAACCCUGCUGAGAUUCUCGAUCCCAAACUAAGGGGGAGAUCAGACCCGACGAUGCACGAGAUGCUACAGACACUAGCUGUGUCGUUUCUGUGCAUCAGUACUCGGCCAGACGAUCGCCCCACAAUGAAAGAUGUGGUGGCCAUGCUAAAAGAGAUUCACAACGUCGAAGCAAGACCGUCCGAGCUAAAGGGCAGUCAUUCAUCAAGGACAAAUGCGACAACACGAUCGUCGCCAACAGCGGUGCAACCGCCGCGUAGGAAUAUUGUAGGCUCGCAGACUUCCUCUAAUUGCUCUUUUGCUUUCUCUGACGAUUCCGUCUAGAGAAAAGGUACAUGUGACCUUUGUACUUAGGAUUCUAAGUAGACACGUAGGGGUUGUAAUAAAGCUAAUUAAUUUGGUAAGUGUGGAGAGAUUAAGAAGAAUGUAAAAUGUAGUUGUUUGUAUGGAAAUGGGAAUUACACGUGGAUUAGUCCAACAUCUCCUUUGAAGUUUGGAUCCCUUUGGUUGUAAGCAAUGAGCAGAAUCACAGAUGGCAAAUGGCAAGGAUGGAAUGUGUGUGCUGGCGAGGAAGAGGGUUAGCAGAAGUAGAAGAGACUCGACUCACUGGACCAAUGAUUGGUUCCAAUUCCCAAGACUUGGUAGCUUGUGAG